AUGACCCUCGAUACUGGACAAGGACCGGCGAUCGAGUCGAUUGAGAAAGAUCAACACGAACAACCGCAACAGGAAAAACAGUCAUCGUACUUCCAGUGGUUUAAGUUGAAUCCAUUACGAUCCAGUAAAACUCCUCCAGUGCCACAGGAAAGGCAGGUGUCUCGAGAAUAUGGCGCCAAUCUUGCAAGUCUUAUUACCUUUCAAUGGGUUAACCCCAUCGUCAAGCUCGGUUACAAGCGGGAGAUGGAGAUCCAGGAUAUUUGGACGGUAAAUCCAACUCGAUCCGUAAGUAUCCUAUCAAAAAAGCUGGAUGAAGCCUUCGCCGGGCGGCUUGAACGUGGAGGAAAGAGGCCAUUAGUUUGGGCUUUAUAUGACACAUUAAAAAUAGAACUCUGCAUUGGGAUACUAUGCCAGAUUCUUAGUAUGUGUUUGUUGGUGCUGGCGCCCUUUGUUGUUCGACGCUUAAUCGAGUUUGCGAUGGACGCCUAUACCUCCCAACACAACAAUCUACCGGGGCCGAACCUGGGCAAGGGCAUGGGCUUGGUUAUUGGCCUUGUUACCAUGCAAUUGGUACAAAGCAUAUCUAGCAAUCAGGCAUUCUAUCAAUCUUUGAUCGCUGGCGGCCAGCUCAAGGCAGUCCUCACUCCUAAGUUGUUUUCCAAAGCGAUGAGAUUAUCUGGUCAUGCUAGAGCCGGCAAUGGGACAGGCUACAGCGAUGGACGGAUAACCACGUUGAUGGCGGUAGAUCUGAGCCGUCUUGAGAAAGGCUGUGCUUCGCUCCAUAUACUUUGUGCCACCCCAAUUGCCUUGAUCAUUGCUCUAGUGACCUUGUUGGUUAAUAUAGGCUACAGCGCCUUGGCCGGAUAUGCUUUCCUUGUUGCUAUAACAUGCUUGCUCACUUUUGCUGUUCGGUCCAUCAUCGUUCGCCGCAGGGCGAUAAAUACUAUCACAGACAAGCGGGUCAGCCUGACACAAGAGAUAUUACAGAAUGUGAGGUUUAUCAAGUUCUUUGCGUGGGAGAACAGUUUCCUAGAGCGACUUCGAAUGACACGAAAACUCGAGAUCGACUCACUUCGGCGGUUUCUGGCAACGCGGCACUCUAAUACUGUUUCCUUUACUAGCAUGGCAAACUUCGCCUCGUUGCUUUCCUUCAUGACAUACGUGCUGAGCGGUCAUACACUGUCAUCCGAUCGUAUCUUCGCCUCCCUUGCGGUUUUCAACGCGAUUCGAUUGCCGCUCAGCAUGAUGAAUGUUGUCGUGACGUCUACGACCGACGCUGUGACAUCCCUUAAUCGACUCCAGGAGUUUCUCCUAGCAGAGGAAAGGGAAGACUCUAUUACAUGGGAUAGGAACAUGGAAAACGCAUUUGAGUUUAAAAAGGCAUCAUUCACCUGGGAGAGUGUACCGGACAUAGAGGCCGAGACACCAGGAGUGGAAUCCAUUCCCGUAUCGGCCUCUGCAUCCCCAGUGUCGUCCUGGGAUGACGCCACUAAGCCUGCUAGUAAGAGCAAGGAUAACAGACCAUUCCGCCUCAUGGACAUUGACUUUCAGGCUGCUCCGGGGGAGCUUAUCGCUGUGAUAGGGACUAUCGGCAGCGGCAAGAGUUCCUUGCUGGGAGCUUUAGCGGGUGAAAUGCGCCUAACGGCAGGUUCAGUACGUAUGCGUACUGCCCCAGCAUUUUGUCCCCAGUACGCCUGGAUCCAGAAUACUACUAUUCGAAACAAUAUAUUAUUUGGCCAAGAAUACGAUGACGCCCGGUAUGACCAGGUAAUCGACGCUUGUGCUCUCCGAGCGGACCUGGCCACGUUUGCAGAUGGAGACCAGACAGAGAUAGGAGAACGAGGUAUCACACUAUCUGGAGGCCAAAGGCAGCGUCUCAAUAUUGCCCGAGCCAUUUACUCUAACUGCGAUAUUAUCCUAUUGGACGAUCCGCUAUCCGCAGUGGAUGCAAAUGUCGGGCUCCAUAUUAUGAAACAGGCGAUAUGUGGUCUACUUAAAGAUCGGUGUAGGAUACUGGCAACACAUCAACUACACAUCCUUGCUCAUUGUGAUCGAAUUAUCGUGAUGGAGGCCGGUCGGGUCGUUGAUAUUGGUACAUUCGAUCAUUUAGUUCAGAGGAAUGAAGUACUCCAGAGUCUCGUAUCAGUCAACCAUCAGGAGAAGGAAGAAACACCAAGCUCUCCUAGCAUCGCUGAUGCGGUCCAAGUAGAGAAAGCCUGCCCUGAAUCGAAGCUUAAAAAUAGAAAUGCUGCGCCAUUGAUGAAGGAUGAGGAGAGAGCGCGGCAUGCAAGAAGAAGAGACAUCUGGAGGGCAUAUGCCGUAUCCUCCGGUUCCAUGGCUAAUAUUUUCAUCGUGUUCGCCCUAGCCGUCCUGUCUGCUGGAGGAGCAAUUUUGGGCGGGUUGUGGCUGUCGUUUUGGGCAUCUAACAGGUUUCCACAACUGAGUCUUGGCCAAUACCUGGGUAUAUAUGCAGGUAUAACAGCCGGUCAAGCCGCCAUCCUCUAUCUGUUUUCGGUGUGCGUGACAGCCUUUGCGGCCAAUGCUAGUAAAGUGAUGCUCGAAGAUGCGAUGUACCGUCUUCUGCGGGCACCAACCUCAUUCUUUGACACGACACCGCUAGGGCGCAUCAUCAAUCGGUUCUCAAAAGACGUGCAGGUACUGGAUAGUGAGUUGGGUGAGGCACUACGGCUGUUUCUAUAUCUCUUCCUCAUGGUUGUUGCUAUCAUGAUACUUGUCAUUGUGUACUUCCACUAUUUCGCUAUUGCGGUGGGACCAUUACUAGCCAUUGUCAUUCUUAUUACAAUAUACCACCGGGCCUCUGCUCAAAGCCUGAAGCGACAUGAAGCUGUUCUCCGCUCAGUCGUGUUUGCGAGAUUCAAUGAGGCCAUCACGGGUAUUGCAUGUAUCAGAGCGUACAAUAUGGAGGUCUAUUUCCGACAAAAUAUCGGUCGGGCAAUCGAUUCUUCGAACGCUGCCUACUUUCUCAUAUUUGCCAACCAGAGGUGGCUUUCGGUUCGUCUAGAUCUUGUCUGCAAUACAUUACUUCUUGUCACUGGGGUACUCGUCGUCACAUCUCGUUUCAAUGUUUCACCCAGCAUAUCUGGCCUAAUCCUUUCCUAUAUGCUUAGCAUUUCACAGACUCUACAGUUCUCUAUUCGUCAGUAUACGGAGCUUGAACAGCACAUAAACUCUGCCGAACGACUCCAUCACUAUGGCACCUCCCUGGAGGAGGAGGAGAAAACGGCCCCUCUACACCGGGUGGAGGUUUCAAGCACCUGGCCAGCACAAGGUCAAAUUACCUUUCAGAAUGUACAGAUGCGUUACCGUGAGGGGUUGCCUCUGGUGCUCAAGGGCCUCACAAUGUCCAUCCAAAGUGGGGAGCGCAUCGGUGUGGUAGGGAGAACGGGGGCAGGAAAAUCAAGUAUUGUAUCGGCUCUCUUCCGUUUGACUGAGCUCUCAGGCGGCAAUAUCCGGAUCGAUGGUGUGAAUAUAGCCAGUAUUGCGUUGCAUGAUCUACGAUCCCGACUGGCUAUAAUUCCACAGGACCCUACACUCUUUCGGGGUACCAUUAGGUCCAACCUAGACCCGUUCAACGAGUAUACAGAUCUAGAACUCUGGUCGGCACUCCGAAAGGCACAUUUAGUGGACCCGCCGCCAGAGUCACCGCCCGAUGGUGACAAAGAUGCACGCCAGGUAGUCAAUGAGCAAGCGGCAGGUCCAAGCCAAUUGCAUCUUGACACCCGAGUGGAUGAAGCAGGGCUGAAUCUGUCUCUCGGUCAACGUCAGCUAAUGGCUCUAGCCCGAGCUAUUGUGCGGGAUUCCAAGAUUAUCAUCUGCGAUGAAGCAACCUCUUCCCUUGACUACCAGACCGAUCAGAAGGUCCAGGAAACUAUUGCUGGGAUGCAUGGUAAAACAUUAUUCUGCAUUGCUCACCGGCUACGGACGAUUAUUCACUAUGACCGUAUCUGUGUCAUGGAUAAAGGAUGCAUCGCCGAGUUAGACACGCCUGUGCGUCUCUGGGAGCAACAGGGUAUCUUCUGGGAAAUGUGCAAUCAAAGUGGCAUAACACGUGAGGAGCUAGAGAGAGGACCGGUUGGCUUGUAG